AUGUUCUUGUCUGUCACCACAGCGGUGCUAAACGUUCUGAUUCUAAUAGCAUUCCACAUCGAGAAAAAGUUGCGGACGUACUCGAACCAGUACAUUCUCAACAUAACCAUCUCCGAUCUUCUGGUGGGGUUCAUCAUGACGAUCAACAGUGUUACCUAUCUCUAUGACGAGUGGAUAUUUGGACAAACCAUUCUAAAAGUGUUUGUUGGUAUUCAGAAUACAGUCAUAACUGUAUCUGUUCUCGGUAUCAUUGCCAUCAGUUUGGACCGUUACGUGGCAACACACUACCCUCUCCAGCACUUUAAACGAAAGAAGAAAAAUAUUGCCCACAUUGUCAAUGUCAUGACCUGGAUAGUAGCGGCAUGCUUUUGGUUUCCCAUCGCGACCAUUUGGGACUUCAUGCAACCACUCGAUGUGAAUCCCGACGAAUACGUAUAUACGUCAAAUUACUCAAGGAACAUAAAUGCCAGGACUGUGGUUACGAUUUGUAGGUUCGUCAUUCCUUUCUCUAUAAUCGUUCUUAUUUGUGUAAAGAUUUAUCAUCGAGUAAAAACGUCUGGUAGCGAAAGUCUAUCAAAACGAUAUACAUCAGAAGAAAAGACUGGAGGUAAAAUUAACGCCACGAGUAUAGAACAACAUGGACGAACCAAUGACACAUUCGUAGAAACUCAGACCAAUGUUGACAGCGGCGUUGUUAAAGUUCUUCAAGAGAAUGCUACCAAACCAUCAACCUCAAUCCAGUCAGAUCAUAUCGCAGUUGACAUAGUUGAAGACGUUGGACAGCUUGGUCGAAUAUUUUCAUCGUCGGAGCGAAGCAUGCAACCUAUUCGACACCAAUUUACACCAAUGCCCAAUACAACACAAUCAACAAAACCCGAUGGGUUUCAGAGGAACCCUCGGCACCUGUCUUCGGCGGAUAAUCAUAAAGCCUUCCGUACUCUGACCUUCAUCAUUGUGGCGUUUUUUAUAACUUCGCUGCCAGGUUGCAUAUCAAUCAUAACGUCCAAUAAAACACUCGCUGUUGUUGGUCGUUGGAUGAUAAAUAUCAACAGCCUUCUGAACCCCGUGACCUAUGCUAUGGCGCAACCGGUGUUCCGCAAGACUCUUCUACGGAUUGUGAGGUGCCGACGAUAA